AUGCCGACGAAGAAGGAGAAGAAGGCGAAGGCGCCCAAGGACGCCGCGGCCGCGGCGCUCGACGACUGGGGCGCGUCGAGCUCGGGCGGUAGCUCGAGCAAGAAGGGCGGCGGCAUGUCGACGGGCGCCAAGGUCGGCGCGGCGUGCGUCGCGGUCUUCGCGGCCCUCGUCUUCGCGACGUCCGGCGGGUCGGGCCCGCUGACGUACCUCGACGUCAGCGACGAGGCCAUGCUCCGCAAGGUCUUCUUCAGCGGCGAGGUCUGGGCCGUCGCGUGCUCGUCGUCCGACGACUCGCAGCCGCUGCCCGAGGCCAUCGAGGCCGUCGCGCACCGCCUCGGCGGCGAGAUGAGCUUCGGCGCCGUCGACUGCAAGACCAAGCUCCCCGGCAAGGCCUACAACAUGAUGCAGCGCUGGAAGCUCCGCAAGGAGGACAAGGCGACGCCCGUGCUCUUCAUCAGCAACGGCGUCCAGGUGACGCAGAUCGAGCCCCAGUACUUCAAGAGCGAGUACGACCUCGUGCGCGAGCUCCGCCUGCUGAGCAUGCGCCGGCCCUACAUGGCGAAGAACACGGAGCUCCUCCGCGAGAAGUGCUGGGGCAAGCCGCGGUGCCUCUUGAUCAUGCAGGGCGGGUCGCUCGAGGGCCACGUCGAGAAGGCGCUCCACGCCGUCGCGGGCCACCACAGCCAGGGGGGCAAGGGCCGCAAGGGCGCCUCCGCCGAGGACAAGAGCGCCGUCGCCUUC